UCAGGCUGCUGGGAGUUGCGAGGGUGUCCCCUGGGCUCGGGUGCGAGGAUGGAUCCUGGGUUGGGGACGAUCGAUACUGUGCCGCUGGCCGGUCUGGCCUGGUCGUCGGCUUCGGCGCCGCCUCCGCGGGGGUUCAGCGCGAUCGCUUGCACCGUGGAGGGCGCGCCCGCCAGCUUCGGCAAGAGCUUCGCGCAGAAGUCCGGCUAUUUCCUGUGCCUGAGUCCUUUGGGCGGCUUGGAGAAUCCACAGGACAGCUUGGUGGCCGACAUCCAGGUCGUGCUGGACAAGGGCUCCCUCCCGCCGGGCUUCACGCCAGUCUGUGAUCCUCUGGACACCAAGGCUUCUGUGUCAAAGAAGAAAAGACUGUGCGUGAAGCUGUUGCCCCUGGGGGCGGCCGAUAUGGCUGUGUUUGAUGUACGGCUGAGUGGGAAGACCAAGACAGUGCCUGGAUACCUGCGAGUAGGGGACAUGGGAGGGUUUGCCAUCUGGUGCAAGAAAGCCAAGGCUCCAAGGCCGAUGCCCAAACCCCGAGGCCUCAGUGGGGACAUGCGAGGCCUCUCCCUGGAUGCACCAAGCCAGCCCAGCAAAAGCAGCUGUCCUGAACGGACACUAUCAAGACUCAGCUCUCGGGCAUCUACCUUGAGGAGGAGUGACUCCAUCUAUGAGGCAUCCAGUCUCUAUGGCAUCUCAGCCAUGGAUGGGGUUCCCUUCACGCUGCACCCCCGAUUCGAGGGCAAGAGCUGCAGCCCCCUGGCCUUCUCUACCUUCGGGGACCUGACCAUCAAGUCGCUGGCAGACAUUGAGAAGGAGUACAACUAUGGCUUCGUGGUGGAGAAGACUGCGGCUGCGCGAUUGCCCCCCAGCAUCUCAUAGCUCUCUUCUACCCCAGAAUGAGAUCCUGUGAUAGCCCCCUGGCUCCACACUACAGGAACUUGAAGGGCCCAGCACAUACCUAGGACCCACUCUCAGCCAUACUAUCCAGGCUGCCAAGUGGGGGUGAGGGCUGCUUGCUGAUGGGGUCUCCUGCCCCAGCCUUCAGGGGUGGAUCUGGGCAGGGCUAGUGCCUUCUAGUCAUUUGUGUCCAAACACUUGGUGCCAGCCUUCUUCUGGCAAUAAACACUGCUCUGUAGACCUCA